CGAAUCGAAAAUGCUGAGGGCAAUCCUAGUGACUCUUUUAAUCGUAACUCUGUCUGAUGGGAGAUCGAUGGAGAAAAACCAUCGAUACCCCAGAUCGACAUGUUCCACAUGCACUCCAGAAACAUCAGAAGGACUCGCAGCCCAAUGGAAUACUCCAGCAGAUUAUGGAUACAACAAUCAAAUCACUCCUUUCUCGUACCCCUUCUACCCUAGAAGUUUCCCGGAGUCCUAUCCCCAGCCCUAUUACCCACCCUUCCGGGGGGAGAGACAUCCCACCGGCGAUGAGAUCGCGAACACAAACCUCCUGAUGUACAGAGGUGAUCUGGACGAGCCAUCUCCAAAGGUAUCAGUUCCCCCAGCGAGACUGGCAGAUCCUCGGACAGACCCACACCUGCAGGCAAUCGUGACGAGGGCCAUAUUAUUGGCCCAGCGAGAGGCCCAAGAGGCCUUUUACAAAUCCAAGUCCCAAAGGUACACCCGAAAUUUAGGGGACGACAAUGGGAUGCAGGAGGAGAAAUUCUAUUUCCGAGUUCCUGAGGUUACGAAUUAUCAAGCACCGGAAUAUCCAGUGGAUCAGACCCUGAGGCCGAGGAAUUACGACAUCAGGAAUGACGAGUACUACCUGGGAGAGUCUGGAGAGUUUUAUGACGUGCCCCAGGGGAUCGCAGUCGAUCACAGGUUGGGGAAUUCACCCGUGGGUAUGAGGGAUCCAUUCACCAUCUACGGGGGGAUAUCUCGGCAAUGGGGUACACCCUGGGGGGCUGGUGAGGGCUUCCAAGGGAAGAAGGAACCCUCUGCACCCUUUCAUCAGAUGCUCCAGGGCCGUGCACCCUCUAAGAAGGGAAAAAAAAGUCAUCUCCGGGAUGAGAACAGCGUGGAGGCACCACCCUGUGGAGAUGAUGCUCCCGAGGCUUCCAAAACCACUCCCUCACCCUAGAAUGAAACUUUAAACAUUCCAUGUACUUUUGUUAAUAAAAAAUGUGAAUGUUCAAAUUAA